AUGGCACGAAGCAGCGCCUGCCUUCAGCGUCCUUGGUCUCGCUGGAGCUCGCUUGGGGCACUGCUAGUAGCCCCAACGGGCGUUUCUGAAGUUGGAGCAUCCCGUUCUGGUGCAUUGCCACUGGGUAUGUCUCGCGUCCGGUGUCGGGUCAAACGCUGCCGGUGUCGUGUCGAGCUGGAUGCGCUCGCAGGAAUCAUGUCCGGUGCGGCCCUUCAAGGUGAUGCUGGCGGGAAGGCAACUUCGAGAUCCGGUCGAGGUUUGGUGCAUGUGCUGAUGCGCUCGCGGCUGUGUGGGAAUGCUCUCUGCAAAGAGACUAAUCGCCGCCCUCUGACGGGAGCCACGCCGCCGGGUGUCAUCGGCGAUAGAAAAGCCUGGGAGGAUGUUGAAGUGAGGACCAUUUUGAGUCCCAGCGCUCCUUAG